GAUCUGCCUUUUUACAGCUAGACCUGUGUGCUGCAAGGAGCUAAGGCCUUCAGUGUCCCCUUCCUUAUCCAGGUUACUCACAAAAUGGAUUCCCAGCGGGAACUCGCAGAGGAACUGCGGCUUUACCAAUCCACCCUUCUUCAGGAUGGUCUAAAAGAUCUCCUGGAUGAGAAAAAAUUCAUCGAUUGCACCCUUAAAGCAGGUGACAAAAGUCUUCCUUGCCACAGAUUGAUUUUGUCAGCUUGUAGUCCUUACUUCCGUGAGUAUUUUUUAUCUGAAAUUGAUGAAGAGAAAAAAAAGGAGGUUGUACUAGAUAAUGUAGAUCCUGCUGUGCUUGAUUUGAUAAUCAAAUACCUGUACUCUGCCAGUAUUGAUCUCAAUGAUGGAAAUGUGCAAGAUAUUUUUGCAUUGGCCAGCCGCUUUCAGAUCCCCUCAGUGUUCACUGUCUGCGUUUCUUAUCUUCAGAAGAGACUUGCUCCUGGUAACUGUCUAGCCAUCCUAAGAUUAGGACUUCUUCUUGAUUGCCCGAGACUCGCCAUUUCUGCCCGUGAAUUUGUGUCUGAUCGCUUUGUACAGAUUUGUAAGGAAGAAGACUUUAUGCAACUGUCUCCACAGGAGCUGAUCUCAGUCAUUUCAAAUGACAGCCUAAAUGUAGAAAAGGAAGAAGCAGUAUUUGAGGCAGUAAUGAAAUGGGUGCGAACAGACAAAGAAAACAGGGUGAAAAAUCUUAGCGAAGUGUUUGAUUGUAUUCGUUUUCGCCUAAUGACAGAAAAAUAUUUUAAAGAUCAUGUUGAGAAAGACGAUAUCAUCAAAAGCAAUCCAGAACUCCAGAAAAAAAUCAAAGUUCUAAAAGAUGCUUUUGCAGGCAAACUCCCAGAACCUAGCAAAAAUGCAGAGAAGACUGGGGAGGGUGAGGUGAACGGUGAUGUUGGUGAUGAAGAUUUGCUUCCUGGUUACCUGAACGACAUUCCCAGGCAUGGAAUGUUUGUCAAAGACCUCAUUCUAUUGGUUAAUGACACAGCCGCAGUGGCUUAUGAUCCCACAGAAAAUGAAUGCUACCUUACUGCACUGGCUGAGCAGAUCCCUAGAAAUCAUUCCAGCAUUGUUACCCAACAAAAUCAGAUAUAUGUGGUAGGAGGACUAUAUGUGGAUGAAGAAAAUAAGGAUCAACCUCUACAGUCAUACUUUUUCCAGCUCGAUAACAUAGCAUCUGAGUGGGUUGGACUUCCACCUCUGCCUUCAGCUAGGUGUCUCUUUGGUCUGGGAGAGGUGGAUGACAAAAUCUAUGUGGUUGCAGGCAAAGACCUUCAAACAGAGGCUUCGCUGGAUUCAGUAUUAUGCUAUGAUCCUGUGGCUGCAAAAUGGAAUGAAGUAAAAAGUCUUCCUAUCAAAGUCUAUGGUCAUAAUGUGAUUUCACAUAAUGGGAUGAUAUAUUGUCUAGGUGGAAAAACAGAUGACAAAAAGUGUACAAAUAGGAUGUUUAUCUACAACCCCAAAAAAGGAGACUGGAAAGAUCUGGCUCCAAUGAAAACCCCUCGUUCCAUGUUUGGAGUGGCAGUCCAUAAAGGCAAAAUUGUGAUUGCAGGAGGUGUUACUGAAGAUGGUCUUUCAGCUUCAGUUGAAGCUUUUGACCUCAAAACCAAUAAAUGGGAAGUGAUGACUGAAUUUCCCCAAGAAAGAAGCUCCAUCAGUUUGGUUACCCUGGCUGGAUCCCUGUACGCCAUUGGUGGUUUUGCUAUGAUUCAACUGGAGUCUAAAGAGUUUGCACCCACUGAAGUCAAUGACAUAUGGAAGUAUGAAGAUGAUAAAAAAGAAUGGGCCGGAAUGUUGAAGGAAAUACGUUAUGCUUCAGGAGCUAGUUGCCUAGCAACACGUUUAAAUCUCUUCAAACUGUCUAAACUAUAAACAAGGUGACAAAACAGAAUAGAUUGAGAGGUGGUUUGUUUGAAUAAUAGUGUUUAAUUUAUUCUGUUUUUAAAAAGCCUGUACAGAGAUUCAUGUAGAGAUUAUUCAAUAAGUUAUUAUCUAAGAAGUAAAAAGAACAUCAAAAUCUUGGUCAUUGACUUUUCAAUGCCAUAAUCAGAUCUUGAAACCAUUUUCUAAUAAGAAAUUAAAUAUUAAGUUGAAAAAUUGUUUCUUGUUAAUUUGUCUUAAUGAAUUGUAAAGGAGCCUCUAAAUUUGAGUUGUUUCCUAAUCCUUUGUAUUAAUAGGGAAACUUUAUACUUGUUUUCUACAAAUUAAAUACAUAUAUAUGUGCCCAUUUUUAAAAUGUUUUAAAAUAUCAAAAACUUUCCUUAUGCUUCAAUCUAUGACAGGAAUCCUAUGCAUUAUAUUAAAGGUUACAAGUCAUAAAAUUAUUUGGAAAUGAUACUUAAGGAAUGUAAUAAAUGAGUCUCAUUUGGAGGGAAAAAGUUUCAAAGUAAAAGUAAUCAAAUUGAAAUGGCCUUUCUUUAUUCUCCAUUCUUUUUGUGACACUAGUAUAUUAUCUGUGAUCUCCAAAUCAAAUUUUAAAAAAUUUUUAACUUAAAACCACUAAAUCAUUGUUUUCAUACCAUUAACAACCAUCUGUGAAAAGAAGGUGAGUGCCAUCAGGAAACAGACUGAUAGUUUAAACUUCUGAGGCAGAGGGUGGAAGAGGUAUACAGUCAUUGGUUUAAAUUUUAGCUAUAUUUCAGAUAAAAGAGCUAUUCGUGAAAUUUCUGAUAGCAGGAAGUAUGACUGAAUGGUUCCAUUUUUUGGACAUGAAGCCCUACACUAUUUCUUCUUAGAGUAUAUCAUAGGUUGACUCCUCAAUCUGUCUAUAAUCAUCAAAUUCAAUUCUGCAAGUCAUCAACUAAUCAUCACUUUUAUUCUAGACAUGUAUCUUGUUGACAUGUAUUUGACUACUAUCCUUAAACAUUAUGUUCUGAGAUUUGAGACCAAUUUGGACCAUCCCAUGAUUGUCAAGUACUUGCAUAAAGAACAGAGAUGUGUUCAUAUGGCUUUAUUUUCUUUAUCAUAAAUAUAGAAAUAUAUUCAACAAAAACAGUUUGGAUCUCUGAAGUAGAAGUCUGGUUACUUUUCUGUAUUGAAAAGCCACUGUAAUCCCAGCAGCUCAGGAGGCUGAGGCAGCAGUAUUAUAAGUUCAAAGUCAGUCUCAGCAACUUAGAGAGGCCCUAAGAAACUCUGAGGCCCUGUCACCUGUGGUCUGCUAGCAGAGGAAAUAAGUAACCCUCGGAGGUGUGGGAUGGCUAGAAAUAAAAAUCUGAAAAAGUAAUGUCAAAAAAUAAAGCAAAAGACAGGAAAAUACUUUUUAAAGCAGGGACUCGAUGGGUAGAAAAUACCUGAUGGGUCUCAUCCUAACAAAGGGAAAAAGCCCACGAAUGCUUUAUUUAUAGUGAAACACAUCAGAGGGAUUUAUUGUAAGGAGGGGUUCUUCAAGGUAAACAAGAAGCCAGAGGCUGUGUGGAAGUUGGCCUGAUUGGGGACGUAUCACUUGCACAGUAAUUCUUCCUCCACCAGGCAGCUGGCACUCAAGACUAGUUGGAGCACUGAUCUCUCUCUACCUCAGAGGAGUGCAUUUGAACCUAGGCUGUCCGAGCCAGUAAAUUCCGCAGUAUCACAGAAUUCUCUUUGUGCAGGACAUUUGCCAAGGCAAUGAAGCUGUCUCAGGUCGGUGAGAUUACAGCGAGAGUUCUCCGAGGAACACACUUCCACUUAGAGAAGGCUUAGACACGCCCACAGUUCAUUCACAGCUUCCAACAAGACCCUGUCUCUAAAAUAUAAAAAAGGGUUGGGAACGUACCUCAGUGGUUAAGUGCCCCCAAGUUCAAUCCUCAGUACCAAAAAACAAACAAACAAGCAAACAAAAACCACUAUAUUGAUCUGAACUAUAUACUACGAGUAUAUCACAAAUCCCAAAGGUGGGAAACCCUACAGGUUCUUCAACAAUAAAUUUGUUAGUAAAAGUCAGGGGUAGAGGGGAUGUUUAUAAAGACAGAUGUUAAAAGGUAAGGGGUAGGGGAAAUUUUGGUGUCCAAGGAUUCACACCUGGGAGAUAGAUAAAACUGUAAGACUUAACCAUUAAAUCAGAACAGAGAUAACUUUCAGGGAGAGAAUACUCUCCAUGUACACAGGAAAUUAAAUUGUAAAAAUAAUGUUUUUUACAGGGCUUCUUUAGGGGAGGAUGAAAAUGCUCUGGAAUUGAACAGUGGCAAUGAUCAUACAAAUAUACUAAAAAUGACUAGAUUAUACACUUUUAAAAGGUGGAUUUUAUGGUAUGUAAAUUAUAUCUCAAUGAAAAAAAGAUUUGUUUUACACACACACACACACA